UAUGGCAGCUAUAUGCUAUAGUGGUUUGAUAUCGACGGUUCCUACAAAUAAGCAGCUUCUUAGUGAGGAAAGGGCAGGUGCAAAAUUUUAGAACGCUAUCUCUACAGCUUGAGGGCUGGUUCGCAUAUAUACAGACAGACGGACAUGGCUAUUUCGACUCAUUUCGCCAUGCUCUUAAUUUAUAUACCAUAUGUACCAUAUAUAUAUAUGUAUAUACAUAUAAUGGUGUCCCCGACGUUUCCUUCUGGGUAUUACAAACUUUGUGGCCAACUUCAGGUGGCCCUGUUCAGGGUAUAAAAAUAAUUUCAUUGUACAGAAACCGAAAUAACAAACUCUAUAACAAUUAUGACUUGGCACGACACCAACAACAUUUUCCUAUAAGUACAAAUAUUAAUUUCCCAAACAACUACGCGCUGCGAGAACCGAUUCCAUCGCCCAACAAUAUGACACAAUGCAUUAAAAAGAGGCGAGUCCUUAAUUAUUUGUAAGUACCAGCCUACUUUCAUACCUUUGACUUAACGUUUUAACCACUUACGAGUACACAUAGCUCAGCUACCGUUGAGCACUUGUUUAUUUUGGUAUUCAACCCAUAUAUAUGUAAGUGUUCUUAAGUGCCUGUAGAAUGGUCUCAUAUCCUAAUUGUGUGUAUACAUAUCACUAAUGCAUUCGCUUAGAAAUGGUUAAACCUUGACGCCAGUUUUGACUUGAAAUCUUUUUGGUUUUUGUAUAACUUGUGACUUCCAUUGAAACGCCGCGUUCAUAAAUGUGACCAAACACAGCCUAUGAAGAACCUGUUCCGAUUUCAAACAGCAUUAGUUCCAGCCAAAUUCCAGUUACCCAUAUACAAGCGUAUGUGUGAUUGUCUGUAUGUUCAAUCGCUGUCGGACAUACUGUAGCCGUGGUAGCCUGCGACCGAAGUGUGAUUGCCCAAUUUUGUGUAAGCGCCGUUCGCUGUCAUUGUCAUUCGUUGUGCGAAGUCAGCACCGCAGGCGACACUCAAUCCGAUCCUUUUUGGAUGGUUUUCUGACGUUCAAGCGCCCCUAUACCGCUGCGAUGUCAACGGUAUAUAUGUAUGUAUAUACAUUUACCUGUUGAUUUUGUUAGCUGUAGACUAAAAGAAAGUGCACACGCAUAUAUUGUAUGUGUGUCUCACUUGCUCCCAAUUGCGUUGCGCGGCAAUCCGUUGAUGCGUAAGAUAGAGUACGCUGUACGUUGUCUCCAUCAUUUGGCGCGCAGCGGCUGACGUCACUGCCACGUCCGCUUCUGCUCUGCUGCACAUUCACAGGGACCAUUGAUGAAAUUGACUUUUACACUAGCAAAAGGCGGCGAUUGCGCGUACGUCCGUGCGUUCGUCUGUCUGCCUAUCCAUCGACCGUAUCUGCAUCAGUGUGUGGCUGUGUCUGUGGCUGCUGGUCUCUUCCGGACUGGAUUUUCGGAUUAAGUUUUUGUUUACUUUGCGGACUUUUUUAGUUUGUUUGCACACCUCAAGGCAUUCAGUUCAGUUCGUUGUUGUCCAAUUCGUAGUUUCUUAUACAAUUCGAUUGUGUGCCUGCAAUUAACCACUGAGUCUUUGUUUCGAAAAACAGUUUUAAUGUUGCGCUUUGAUUUUAAUUAUCUCAAUUUGUAAUUAUGCAGCUUCAUCGUCUUUUGUGAAUUUUUGAUGUGAAUAUUCGAAGUCAAACACAUACCAUGCAGCCAUGCGCGCGUACAUAUGCGUGCUAAAAAAAUUAUUUGGCAUUUUAUUGUGGUUAUAACGUAAUUUCAAUAAAAAAUAUUAUCGUCUUUUUAACACCACUCGUUAGUGAAUAUUUAUAAAUAAACAUGUGUAUAGUGCAACCGCAUUUAUUGAAAGCGAAUAAUUAGUAAAAAGUUAUAUACUUUUUAUUGCAUAAAACUCAGCGCAACAGAAUACAGCACAUUUGCAAAAAAUACUAUCGCAAAGCAAUUACAAAAAUAUCGCAUGCGACAAUGGGCAUACUAAUGAUUGCAAAUGACAACAAUACCUCUCCCACAACGCCUCAAACUACGCCCAGUGAUCAUUCGCUGCAAACGCAAUUACAUAGCCAAUUAUCACGCCAAGCGUACAGCAGCCAUCUGCCUUUUGGUCCGUCAACUGCGUCACCGCAAGAACAACUCUCCACAAAAAUGUAUCACUCCAGUGCCGGUUACCCGGAUCUGACGGGUGGUGCAGCGGGCAACGGCGGCUACCAUCAUCAAACGGCUAUGAAUGCACCCGUCUAUGUACCGUCGAACCGCGCGCUCACACAGAGUCAGUACAAUCAUGUGGCUACGCAUUUCGGUACUGCCGCUGCACAAAAUGCCUGGACCACAGACAGUUUUGGCACAGCGCAUGCGCAACUGCCAGCACAAUUCUAUACGAUGGGCUCUUGGCGUGCUGCCUAUGAUCCCACCGGCUUUCAGCGUUCGUCGCCCUAUGAGAAUGCAAUUGAUUUUCAGUUUGGUGAGGGUCGCGAAUGUGUGAAUUGUGGCGCGAUUAGUACGCCGUUAUGGCGACGUGACGGUACCGGUCAUUAUUUGUGCAACGCUUGCGGUCUCUAUCAUAAAAUGAACGGCAUGAAUAGACCGCUUAUCAAGCCAAGCAAGCGACUGACGGCAACCCGUAGACUGGGCUUGUGCUGCACCAAUUGCGGUACACGCACCACAACGCUUUGGCGUCGCAACAAUGAAGGCGAACCAGUGUGUAAUGCCUGUGGACUUUACUUUAAGCUGCAUGGUGUCAAUCGACCGCUAGCAAUGCGGAAGGAUGGCAUACAGACACGCAAGCGAAAGCCGAAAAAGUCAAAUAGCUCAACGGAUGCCUCGAAAGAUGGCAAAGAUGAUGAUCUGAAAACAUCGCUUGCUUUAGAGCGCCACAGUUUGCCGUCAACCGUUGCACUCUCUGGCAAACUGCAAUCCGAUAUGGCGCUUAAAGGCAACAACAGUCUCAACAAUACAAUUAGCAGUAUGAACAGUAGCAAUUCCUUGCAUAACAUCAGUCUGAAUGCCAUUAAUAGUUCGCCAUCCACCAGCGGUUCAUUGCACAAUCCGCUUAGCCAUCACAUGCAUUUGCCCUCAGCAGCCGCACAACAGUCCCGCCACUCAACAAUUGCACACACACAUUCACAUGCGCUCUCAUCCACCAGCAAUACACCCACCGUACACUCAGCCAGCACUGCGUCAUCUCUAAGCUCCCAUAUGUAUACGCCACAAAGUAAUGCGAGCGCUGCGCAACUGUCUACCCCAAGUUUCGGCUCACACGUCAUCUCCAAGUACGAGCACCUGCUUUCGUCCAGCGGCAGCGGUGCUGGCGGCGGUGGUGUCAACAGCAACAUUGGAAAUCUUAACAACUCAUCCACUAGCGCUGUCUCGCUCUCCACCGGCAUUUCCACCAGCACGCCCAGCCCGAAUUACCAUCAUUCAGCCGCGGCGGCGGCACAUCUACAUCACCACCAUCAUCAUCAUCAUCCAACCGCGACGGCAGCUCAUCAUGCAGCGUCGCAUCAUCCGAGCGCACAUCAUUCAGCAACCGCGUUGGGCCAACACAGCGGCAGCUCGCAUAUCAGUUCGGCGGAUGGCAAUGCGGGUGUUGGCAGUUAUAGCGUCAAAUCGGAAGCCAAUGCCACCAACUAUGAUUAUGUGAGUAAUUGCUACUUUGGCGGCUCUUUUCCGCCAUUGAGCGCUUCUACCGCGGCGACUGCUGCCGGCGGCGGCAUGAGCAUGGGCAUGGGCAUGGGCGUGGGCAUGGGUGUUGGUAUGCAUGGGAUGCACAGCUCAACGGGCGAACUAGCUAGCUACCACCAUCAUCAACACAAUGUCAUACAGGCGGCCAAGUUAAUGGCCACAUCGUAAAUGUAUAUACUUGUUCAUAUAUGUACGAGUAUGUGUAUAUGGACUGAAUGGUUUAUCAGCAGUGUAGACUUACCGAGUUUUCAGUAAAAGAUCUAGCAAGUUUCAUGUCAUAUAUUGUAUGCAACUGCGAUUUUAGUGUUAUCUGAAUUAUAUUGUACAAAUAUUAUAUUUUAUAAAACCAAAAUAAUUUGUUAGUAAUAUUAGAAAUAUAUUCAAAAUCAAUAUUUCUCAACUGUAAUAAUUAAGUGUAGUAUUUAAUUGUGGUUCGAAUGUUGCAAUCAGUUGUUCGUUUUCUCUGAUGUGUAAAUUAGUAGUUUAAAUUAGAUCUGCAAACAAUUUCUAUGCAUUAGCCUUAGUCUUAUAGACUUUCCAUACGUUUAAUAAUGAAUCACUCAUGUGUACGCAAGUAAAUAGUAUUAAAAUGUAUUAUAUAGUAUAUUAUUAAAUGCCCAUAUUUGUUAACUGAAUGAUAUCGAAUUGUAUUAUAUAUAGCAUAAGUGCAAUAUGAGAAAAAUAAUAAUAAUAAUAAUAAUAAUAAUAAAUGGAAACCACAAAUUAACUCAUUGUAUAC